AUGCUCAGGAGCCCAGUGGCUACACUCACAAGCCCGCUACAAUCAGAGCCUUCUGGGCCAGUGCAAGAGCCCAACUAUGUGGAGGCAGCGCAGGCCUCGCCUUUCCUGGAGCACCAGGCCGUGCCCAGGACUGCCGCGAGACGGCUGGGCGCCACCCCCGCCAGGCCCGCCCCCUCCGCGCCCGCCGCGGCUCCGCUCCCUGCCAAUCGGCAAGGCCAGCGGCCCGCGGGGCGGGCGGGACCAGGCGAGCGGGCGCUCGGACAGGCCAGCCCGCCGCGCGCGUCCCGCCCUCCGCAGCCCGGCACUCCGUCCGGGCCUCCGGGCGCGCCCGCGCCACCAGCCCGGAAGAGGACGGGGCAGGGGGAGGAAGGGGAAGAGAGCGAGGCAGAGGUCCGCGGCAGGAUGGCGGCGUCCGCGGCCGGCCUGGGCGGCCUGGGCGGCCUGGCCGUGGGCGCGGGCGGCGGCGGCGGCGGCGGCGGCGCGGCGGCCGAGCCCGGGGACUUCCUGGCGCGCUACCGCCAGGUGUCCAGCAAGCUCAAGAAGCGCUUCCUGCGGAAGCCGAACGUGGCCGAGGCCAGCGAGCAGUUCGCGCAGCUGGGCCGCGAGCUGCGCGCCCAGGAGUGCCUGCCCUACGCCGCCUGGUGCCAGCUGGCCGUGGCGCGCUGCCAGCAGGCGCUCUUCCACGGCCCCGGGGAGGCGCUGGCGCUCACCGAGGCCGCCCGCCUCUUCCUGCGGCAGGGAGCGCGACGCGCGGCGAGCGGCUCGGCUGCCCCGCGGGCCUACGGCGAGCAGCUGCAAGCCGCCGCCAGCGCCCUGGGCGCCGCCGUGCGCCUGCACGCCGUGCUGGGCCAGCCGGCCGCCGCCGCCGCGCUGUGCCUCGAGCUGGCCGCCGCCCUGCGCGACCGGGGCCAGCCGGCCGCCGCCGCCGUGCACUACCAACGCGCCGCGCACAUGCAGCUGCCGCUGCUGCCGCUGGCCGCGCUGCAGGCGCUGGGCGACGCCGCCUCCUGCCUGCUGCUGGCGCGCGACUACACCCGCGCCCUGGCCCUCUUCACGCGCAUGCAGCUCCUGGCGCAGGAGCACGGCAGCCGCCCCUGGCCGCCCGCGCCGCCGCCCGCUGCUGCUGCUGCUGCUGCUCCUGCUCCUGCAGCUCCACCGCUGUCUGCUGCUGCUCCACCGCCACCUGCUGCUACUGCAGCACCCGGGCCCGGGCCCAGCGCGGCCCAGGUCCCGGACCCCGGGCUGCUCGCCCCCAGUGUCGCCCCCGCCCUGCUGGGCGCCUUUUCCGACGUGCUGGUCCGAUGCGAGGUGUCCCGCGUGCUGCUGCUGCUGCUCUUGCAGCCGCCGCCCGUCAAGCUCCUGCCUGAGCAUGCCCGCACCCUGGAGAAAUACUCCUGGGAGGCCUUCGACGGCCACGGGCACGACAGCGGCGCACCCCUCCCCGAGGAGCUCUUCCUGCUGCUCCAGUCCUUGGUCAUGGCCACCCACGAGAAGGACACGGAAGCCGUCAAGUCGCUGCAGGCCGACCUGUGGCCUCUGCUGAGUGCCGAGCAGAACCACCUCCUGCACCUCCUUCUGCAGGAAACCGUCUCCCCCUCGGGCCAGGGCAUCUGACGC